AUGGAAUUUAAUAAAGUGCGUCUGAGUUUUCUCAAUUUGGUUUGGUUCAAUGCUCUCUUUAUGAAUUAUGAAUUUCCUACUGCUUACUCGGUGUUUGUUUUGCAUACACUUUAUCUAAAGCAUCGGCCAGCUCGUCCGCAAGCGUUUCUAGAAAUACUGUAUGACCAAACAAUUAUAACUUAUUCAAGUAAUAAACUAAUAAUUUAUAGGGAUCUCUGGCCGAUUAAUACUGAAAAUGUCGAUGAUUUUGACAUGUCACUGAUUCGUGUAACUGCUCGUAGGAAGUUCUAUAAAUCGGCUAUUCAAACAUUACAGCAAAUCAGUUCAUAUUUCAACCCAGUAUCAAAACUUGCAGCGUUAGCGGAUACAUUCACGGAAAUUGGAACGGUUAGUUUCUUGCUGUUAUACCGUUUUGUAGUUUCUCAAUGA